AGUCUCGAGUUUAAUAGAGCAAGGUCCCCAUACGCCUGUAUUAUCAGCAAUAUAACAAUUAUAAAAAGCCCGAGAACCAUCAUCAUCACUGCCAUAAAAACUGAGGCCCUCAGAUUUCUUCCUCUCUUCCCCUCCUCCUUCCUCCCCCCUCCCGCUUUUUAAACCCUGGGCCCUGGAAAAGCCAUGAAUUUUGAAUUUGAGAGGGAGAUCGGGUUUAUAAAUAGCCAGCCUUCGCUCGCAGAGUGCCUGACGUCUCUUCCCGCUGUCCUGGAGACAUUUCAAACUUCAUCAAUCAAGGACUCGACAUUAAUUCCUCCUCCUUUUGAGCAAACCGUCCUCAGCCUGAAUCCUUGUUCCAGCAGCCAGGCAAGACCGAGGAGCCAAAAAAGAGCAUCCCAUGGCCUGCUCCAGCCUCAGCCUCCGGCACAGCCCGGCCCCUUGGCAGCGGAAUUCCCCUGGAUGAAGGAGAAGAAAUCUUCCAAGAAAGCUACCCAGGCUCCAUCCUCGUCUUCCUCUUCUUUCCCCCCAUCAUCUUCCUCGGUGCCGAUCCCCGCCGCAGGAUCUCCUGCAGACACGCAGGGGUUGGCAGACAGCAGCGGCUCUAGGAGGCUCCGGACAGCGUACACCAACACGCAGCUCCUGGAGCUGGAGAAGGAAUUCCACUUCAACAAAUACCUCUGCAGGCCCCGUCGGGUGGAAAUCGCGGCUUUGCUCGACCUGACCGAGCGGCAAGUCAAAGUGUGGUUCCAGAACCGCAGGAUGAAGCACAAGAGGCAAACACAGUAUAAAGAACCCCCCGACGGGGACAUCGCUUACCCCGGCCUGGACGAGGGCAGCGAAGCCACGGAUGAGGCCGAGGAGAGCCCCGCGUUGGGGCCGUGCCCGGGGCCGUACCGGGGUGCGCAGCCCGAGCAGCCCCGCAGCCCUCGGGGUACCGAUCGGCCCGGAGCCCCCCCCUCGGAGCUCGGCUUUCCCGAGAGCCAGGGCUCGCCUUGGUUGCCGGAACUCAGCAUCCUCUCGGCAGAGUCCUGCCUGCAGCUCUCUCCAGCUCUGCAGGACUCCUUGGAGAGUCCCCUCCACUUCUCGGAGGAAGAUCUGGACUUUUUUACCAGCGCACUUUGUACCAUAGAUCUGCAACACUUCAAUUUCCAAUAGCGGUCCCCGCCUGUCUCUCUCUCUUUUUUUUUUGUUUAUCCCUUUCUGUCCCACCCCGAGCCGCUCCAGCUCUCCAAACGAGAGGGGGGUCACCCCAAAAACAAACCCAAAUCAUCCCCCAUUCAAUCACCCCAUCCCGUUCGACGGACAUUUUAAAGCUCUUCAAGUUGAGGGACCCGAAUCUCAGCCGCAGUAUUUAUUUGAGAAGGCUCAUAUAAAAAGAGCUUUUUAUUUACAAGAUAAAUUAGUUGCUAAAUGGUAGGCUUGUUCCUUAUUUAUUUUAAAGGAGGCACCCAAUAGUUUCCAUGCGCAUCAGAGAUGACCGCCCUCGAGAGAAAACCAUUGUGAAUCCUCCAAGCGACUUUCUCAGGAAUCAGAAUGAGCCUUUUAGAUUUCUUAAGGAAAUAAUAAUGAGAAAAAAGCAGAGGAAUAUUCGUUCCUCCUUUUUAAGUUUUAGAUGUAGAUUAUUUAUUCAGAUCCUUUAAUAGCAAAUGGCAAAUUAUUUAUUGUACAUUAUUUUCAUAGAGUAAAUAAAUGCCUUUAUAAAACCGA